AUGGCAACCACUAACGCCCUGUGGACCGAAGCAACUGACAAGACCGUACAAAAUCAACUGAAGAACUGGACGCAAGAGAUCGAGCAGAAAGGCAAAGAGGCAAUUCACGUUCGAUUGCCAGCAAAAAUAUUGGAGAUCAAUCAUGUCCUAGAGAACUUUUCCGACUCUACUCUGGGACAGUUAGUUCCUACCGAACCAGCUUUAUCUUCGCCUCCUGAUGAGCCUGAUAACAACACAGGUCGGAAGAAACGAAAAGUUACCAAUGGCAAAGAAACCCAACCACCAACAACCGAUCACACCGCUCCUGGUGGAGUUAAAAACCCUAGCCACGUGGCCAGCAAUCCAAAAGUGAACGCGCACUACAUCUUCUUGAGGACACAUUGGGAGGAACUGAUCAAUAUCACGAAUGCAAUCAAAAUUCACAUCAAUUUAUUGGUUCCUAAGAUAGAAGAUGGAGAUACGUUUGGUGUUCAAGUCCAAGAAGAGUGUCUCUCAGAGCUUUCACGCGCACAGGACAGUGGAUAUAAUCUGCUCGAAGCACAGCUCAAACAUAACAUGUCGCGAGCCAAGUUGGCGUCUAAAUUGAUCAAGUACCCAAAUGUUGAAGAUUAUCAACUUGCCUUGCAAGAACAUGAUCGCAAAUCGAUUUUCUUAUGUCGUCAACAUCUACUGGAUCUCAGAAACAUCUACGCCCUUUUGACCGAUCUACUUCAUAAGAACAUUGUCAAAAUUACCAAACCGAAAGGUGCUAACUCCGAUGGCAUGUAG